CAGAACACGUUUGAUCUUCAGCUGAAAUGUUUGUUUGAGACUUUAAAGAAAAAACAAGCUCACACUAAAGAUGUCACAUCAAAACUGGGCAUUGAAAAGGUGUUCGAGCAAGGUGAUGCUGCUGAAUAUUUUGAGAAGAUUUUAAACAAGGUCAAUCCCGAUGUGUCUAAGAUAUUUCAAGGACAUUUGAAGCACACUGCCACCUGUUCUAUAUCUGACCGUCAUGUGAACAGUGAUGAAGUUGGUCCAUUUUGGACUGUGCCACUCUCAAUGGAAGAUAACAACUACUACAGUGUGAGAGAUGGUUUUGAGGAUUUUUUCAAGUCUUCAACUGUCAGUGGUGACAAUCAGAUGUACUGUGACUACUGCGAUGGGAAAACAGACGCAAUCCUUGCAUGUGAGAUGGAACAUCCCCCAGAGAUUCUGACUCUGCUCCUCAAGAGGUUUCAGUUUGACUACCACAGAAUGUCAUAUGUCAAAAUUGAGAGCUGUGUGGAGGUGCCUCACACGUUACAGACAAAGGACUGUGACUAUGAACUCUAUGCAGUUGUGGACCAUGUGGGAGGUCUAAGAGGUGGACAUUACACUGCUAGAAUCAAGUCCUAUCAGAAUCACAACUGGUAUGUGUUCGAUGACAGCUACGUCACACAGCUCAAUUCAAAACCAUUUGAACAAGAUGAGAGUUUUAGGUCCCAGAGUGCGUACCUGCUUAUGUACAGGAAAUGUAAGUUAACAAAUGUGAAUUGUCUUUUUUAUCUAUGUGGUAUAUUUUAUCCAUGUCAUUCAUGUGAUUCUACUUCUCCAUAAGGUCAAA